AUGGGCUUCAGAUCGUGGGUAUCGGCACUGUUCAAGUCUAACAAGUCCUCUCCCGGAAAUAACGACACUCAUCCAGAUGCUGGCACCGAUUUUCAGACGAGUAGUCCGCACCCCGAGGACACUGCGGGAACGACAGAGGACGAUCUUCGGAGCAACUUGAACGCAUCAUCGAGGCGAGAUAUCGACUCUACACGAGAUCCGGGUAGACGCAUUGCACAAGCCGCUGCGAGGAAACAAGAUUGUUACGGCCUUAAGAUCCUCGUCCCGCAGCCGUCGGACAGGACAGGAUGCGUGGACAUUGUAGCUAUUCACGGGCUCAAUGGUCACCGCGAAGAGACAUGGAUGCAUGCCGAUACGAGACUGCAGUGGCUGAGCGACUCUUCAUGCCUGCCAAAAGACAUGCCCACGGCACGAAUUUUGACAUUCGGCUACAACUCCAAGACCUAUUUCAGUCGAUCCGAAUCAGAGAUACCAGACUUUGCCUCCGAAUUGCUUUGGGCACUAAAAGCCCAGCGUACAAGCGAAGAAGAAAAACAGCGCCGUAUUGUUUUCAUUUGCCAUAGUCUUGGGGGUCUGGUUUUCAAACAAGCCGUAAUCAUGGCCCAUGAGAAAGAUCGCUACUACUCCUGUAUCCUGGACCAGAUUCAUGGUGUGGUUUUCUUCGGUACACCGCACCGUGGCUCCAGCCUGGCCGCAUGGGACGAAAUCGGCACUCUCAUUGUCAAAGCUAGUACACUUGGAUACGCAACCAAUAGCAAAUUAUCGAGCAGUUUGAAGGUCGAUUCGAAGUUUCUGAGGCGCACAUCGGAGUCAUUCGCAGCUCGCGGGGAAGACUUCGAAGUUAGAAGCUUCUAUGAGAGUGUCGUCGAGAAGGAAUCGGCCAUAUUGAAUUGGCCAAAGGAGCUGCCCAUUGCCUCGAACGCCAAUCACUCCGAUAUCUGCAAGUUCUUGUCACCAGAAGACUCGAGAUACAAGGCUGCUUCUCUCGCUAUUCGCGAGGUGGUGGGUGACCUAGCAUCAGGCAUCGAUGUUCCGCUCGAUCUGCUAGCGAUGGCAUGCUUAAAAGAACUCAAUUCAACCUAUGAACACCAUCUUGACCAGAUAGACGACCCGAUAGCCAAGACUUGCGAAUGGGUCACAUCACACAAGAUCUGGAAUUUAUGGGACUCGGUACCAGGCUCGGCUCUUCUUUGGAUCACAGCUGAUGCUGGCUGUGGAAAGUCGAUAGCGGCGAAGUAUCUGGUCGAUUUUUUUCAGAAGCGAACCUCCAGAGCAUAUCUUCAUACUCAUGUCUGCUACUUCUUCUUCAAGGAAGGACUAGAACACCAGGACAAGGCACACUCGGCCGUGUCAGCGGUCCUUCACCAACUCUUCUCCAAACAACAUCGAUUAAUGCACCAUGCCAUGGUCAAAUACUCUAGUAUGCCAAAGAGUAGCUUCAACUGCUUUUCCACACUCUGGUCCAUUCUCCUAGCGACAAUGGAAGAUCCUCACACGAAGAAUGUGGUGUGGAUACUGGAUGGCCUAGAUGAGUGCGAAGAGAAAUCAUUGGACGAGCUCAUCAAAGCUCUGGCAGACUUCGUGCAGUCUCGCAACGCGGUCUCCAUCAAACGAAGGCCGGCCUGUAAAAUCAUUCUCCUAAGCCGACCUCUCAACUCUAUCGAAAGGAGGUUCGGACUUCGGUCAGGCAAUGGUUGCUACAAUACUGGCCUACAGUAUACCGAAGAGUCUGACACUUUCAGGCUCAGUGCUGAGGAAGAGAGUGGCUCCGUUGCGAAAGAUAUCGCUCAAUUCGUUACAUCAAAAAUUUCAGAUCUUGGUCGACAGUCAGAACUAUCUGCCGAUAUUCUCCAUCAACUUGAACAACGGCUUAUCAGCAGUGCUGAUUACACUUUCCUUUGGGUGUCUUUGGUCAUGAAUAUCGUGAAAGAAGCAGAGGUUGACGGAAUUUCAAUGGGUCAGAUCGAAGCCAUCUUGGCCACCACCAGGCUUGAAGACGUCUACGAGAAGCUCCUGUCUGGUCGAGACCCUCCUCGGGCUUUCCUCAGAUACGUUUCACGUCAUUGGUUAGAUCAUUACCGACCUGUGCGGGAGGACCUCAAGCUCUCCUAUGACUAUCUCCUACAGCCGAGUACCCCACAGUUCAACGUAUGGAUUAUCUCCCAUAGCUCGUGGAUACCGGAAGAACAACGGAGAGUUCUGGAAGUAGGGGGUGUUUCCAUCAUAAAGGAGGAUAAAGAGGAGCUUGGCUUGCCCUCGAGUCUCCCCUUCCAGGCGGCCAACGGUAGGGUCCAAACACUUCAGGCUGAUGCCAACAUCGGCCCUUCGGAGAAGAAAGAACGGGAACUCCAAGCGGCUCUGCAACAUUUCAAUCUCAUGGGUAACGAGAUUGAUUUGUACGAUGAAGAGUACAUUCAUGGGAAACGAUACUGGAAAGCAAAAGACUACAUGGGUUCAGGCGAUGCCAGCACCUCAGACGAAGACGAGGAACUUGACAAGGACUUGAAGGAAUCGAAGGCAACAAUUCCUGAUCGUAUGCAGUACUAUCGCCAACAGCAGAGUCAGCGGGUGGUCGAAAGCAUUGCUGAGGGUCGACGCGCAACCUCGGCUUCCAUGGCAAAUCCGACUUCGUCUCGAUCCUGGCUGAGGUGA